GCAUGCAUGAGCAUGAUCCCGACACUAUCGAGAAAGAGAAACACCGUAACUUGACCGGGAAGCAGCACAAGACUUCCGCACCCCAUGAGAAGACUGCUCCAGGGUGGAACGAGUACCUCGCCAGUGCGUCCGAGGCUGCCGUCAAGGUGAGUAUAUGCGCUACAGCCACACCACAAACCCAUCGCUGAUGUCCGCGUAGGCCGACCAGUCGCACGGGGAGGGCGACGGCGGGACUGCUGCUAUGCAGCAGAACACGGUCACCCACGUGAAACGACGCUACCAUGAAGAGGACUCCCCAGUGCCAAACCCGCAGGAGCAGACCUCCUCGCCGGAGCAAG